GUGCGCCCGCCGCCCCAGAGAGCCCUCCGGCCCGCACCCUAGGCUCGUGGCCUGGGGAGAGAAGCCGCCUCAGCGGCCUCAGAGACCCCCCCCGCCCAGGGAUGGCUUACGGGUUUGUGUGUGGACUGAGCGGGGGAGUGUGGCAGAGCCUUAGGGAGCGUGAGGCCCGCCGGCGGGGCUCUGGUGAGGGCUCCGAGCGUCACGGGAUCAGGGCGAGGCAGGAAGUGGUGGCGAGAAGGAGCCCGCUGGGUGCGACUCUCCACAACCCAGACGACAGGGGCGCUGAGGGGCCUGCGUGUUGAAGCCCGACUCCAGAUUUUCUCAAUGACGGCUUUAUCGGCGUAAUUCACACGCCACGCCGUCCACCCACUUAAGGUGGAAAACCCCGCGGGCUUUGGCAUAUCCAGAGUCAGGAAACCACCACCGGUUAUAGAGGAUUUCGUCCCCUCAGAAGAAACCACGAGCAAUGGCAUCUGCCUUUGAGAGCGUGAUCAAGAGUGUGGUCCGGGAGCUGGACCACAGCGGCGAGCUCAUCCCCGUGGACAGCCUGCGGAGCUCCACCAGCUUCCAGCCCUACUACUUGUUGGGAAGGAGGUGCUCGAGAUCGUGGUUUUGGAAACCCCGCUACAAGAGCAUCAACCUUUCCAUCAGGGACAUUCUGGAGCCUGAUGCCCCAGAACCAGCUGUGAAACAAAGCGCGCCCAUCCACAUCUACGACUCCAUGGACGGGGAGCUGCAAGCCAGCGGGGAGCUGGAAGCCCCAGCACGGGGGAGGUGUGCAGGCGGGGCGGCGAUAUUUGAUACCUUCAGCCUCUCGAUGAAGGUGCGUACACUGCGAGUGGACCCCAACAUCUGGGACGCCAUGAAGCAAGAGAGGCACCUGCGGCAGCCCGAGCACAAGGUCCUACAGCAGCUGCGGAAUUGUGGGAACGACGUGUUCGUGGUGACGGAGGUGCUGCAGACGCAGAAGGAGGUGAAGGUCACCCAGACCCGUAAGCAGGAGGGCUCUGGCCAGUUUGCACUGCUUGGAACCAUAUCUUUCCAGGGCCAAGGCCAGGGCCACCGGAGCCGGAAGAAGACAGUCACCAUCCCCUCAGGCAGCAUCCUUGCCUUCCAGGUGGCGCAGCUGCUUAUUGACUCAGACUGGGAUGUCCUCCUCUUCCCGGACAAGACGCACAAGAAGCAGAGGACCUUCAGACUGCCCAAGGAAGGCCACCAGCUUACAAGCGGCGCAGGCAGCCAGUCACCGCUCUCCGGCCGCUUCAAAUUAGAGUCUGACGGGUUUGUGGAGGACUGGUCGGCAGUCACGGGAGACUUCCGGGGCCUGCAGGCAGAGGUGAGGGCCCAGGCCCAGGUCCUGCAGGGCUUGUCCAAGGAACUGUGUGAGCGGCUGUUGGCAGGCCUGGUGCAGGUGCUUCGGGAAGAGCCAGCCCUGCGGACCCUGGAGGAUGCGCUGGAACGGGGCCUGUGCUGUGGGUCAGUGGCCCGCCUGGAUGGUCCAGUGGAUGCCGUCCUCGAGUGCCUGGUGCAUACCUCCGGAGAGCUGGAAGUGCACCUGGCCGGCCCCAUCCUCUACCUGGUGGAAGCACUAGCUGUGCUGAGUGAGAGCCAGCGUGAGCUGCUCGUGGAGAUGCUGGAGACAGGAGGCCUGUCCGGGCAGUUCAAGCUGCAGGUGGGGAGCGUUUUGGAGCAGAGCACCCCCUGGCAGGAGCGCAGGGAUGUGUCCCUGCUGCAAGAGCUCCUGGGGAGCAGCUGGGACCCAGAGGCACCUGCCUGGGUCCUGCUGGAGGAAUGCGGCCUGGGGGUACAGGUGGACGUUCCCCAGGUGUGCUGGGAGCCCCAGGCCCAGGGCCGCACGUGCGCACUCUAUGCCUGCCUGGCGCUGCUGUUCGGCCUGAGCCAGGACUGCUGUUAGGGCUGAGCCUGCUCGCCUGGGCAGCUCUGCGGUGGGGUGGGGGGGGGGUAGCCCCCCUGGCUGCCAACCCUGGGAGGCUGAGAGCCCAACCCGGCCUGCAGCCAGUUCAUCCUGGGAGUUGGGGAAAGUCAAUAAAUGUGAUG